GCCCUUGGCUUGCCCUGUCCAUUUUCACAGAACUUGUUCACAUCCUGGAUUUAUAAGGAAAAGGACUGGUGUAAGAAAUAUGGUGGAAACUUGCUUUGAACACGAUUAGCCCUUGCUUACACCAACCCAUUGCUUUUAAGUGCGUGGGGUGGGGAGGAGUGCAUACUUUGGGAGAAAGGACAGGGAAUUGGGACGCAUCAGCGUAUAGGUGUGUCCACAGCAGCAGAUGAGGGAAGAUGUUGGCUAUGGACCAAGGAGUGGUGGAGGAGUGGCUGUCAGAGUUUAAGACCCUCCCUGACAGUGCUGUGUCCAGCUACGCAGCGUCUCUGAAGGAGAAAGGCUCCCUGGUCCCAGCGCUCUACAAAGUCAUCAGAGAGAACUAUAGUGACCUGUUGGAGCCAGUGUGUCACCAGUUGUUUGAGUUCUAUCGUAGCGGAGAGCCGCGGCUGCAGCGGUUUGUGCUCCAGUUCCUCCCUGAGCUGCUCUGGUCCCUCCUCCUGGCUCCGUCUGCAGCCAGGGACCCACACACCUCUGGCUGUAUAGAGGCCCUGCUACUGGGGAUAUAUAAUCUGGAGAUUGUAGAUAAGGAUGGACAGAGUAAAGUCCUUUCUUUCACUGUCCCCUCCCUCUCCAAACCCUCAGUCUACCACGAGCCCUCCACCAUUGGCUCCCUGGCAUUGACGGAAGGGGCUCUAGCCAAUCAUGGGCUGAGUAGAGUGGUGUACAGCGGGCCUCACCUACAGAGAGAAACCUUCACGGCUCAGAACAGGUUCGAGGUGCUGACCUUCCUGCUGCUGUGUUACAAUGCAGCUCUCAGCUACAUGACCUCCUCAUCUCUGCAGUCCCUCUGCCAGCUCAGCUCCAGGGUGUGUAUCUGUGGUUACCCGCGGCAACAGCUAAGGAGGUAUAAAGGCAUCAGCUCUCGUCUGACCGUCACCUCUGAGUUCCUGGUCCAACUCCUCACUGGGAUACACUAUGCACUGUGUAAUGGGGAGAUGGACCUGGGUUCCAAGGCACUGGAUGAUGUUCUGUACCGAGCUCAGCUAGAACUGUUCCCUGAAGCUCUACUGGUGGGUGACAUCACACACAAACACACACAGGUGGGUAAUGCCAUCAAGUCGUCCCAACAGUGUGCAGCACUAAAAACUGGCGCUAGUAAAGAAGGAGCACGCAGCAUUCAGGUGGAGAUCACUCCUACUUCCUCUAGGAUUUCACGGAAUGCAGUCACAUCACUCUCUAUCAGAGGACACCGCUGGAAAAGACAUGACGCAGUGGAUUUGGGUUCCCCGGAUGAGUUGAUGAAUAUCUCUGAAGUGGACGAAGGGGUGUGGCCUACAGGAGGGGCCGGCCCAGACUCCCUGACUCCGCCCACCAUCACUAUCAGCAACAGUGUUACCCCUGGGGUGGGAGGGGCCAAGACAGGAAGCAGGAAGUGGCAUCUAGGCGGAUGGUCGCAUAAGGAGAAGGAGGCUUGUCCUCCAGGGGGGCAGACCCUGGGCGAGAACCUGGAUCUGUCAAUCAAACGUCUGACGCUGACGUCCAGCCAAUCGGUGCCCAAGGGGCCGAGCCACAGUGCACUGAGCAGCCUAUCGCGUACGGCCAGCGCCGUGUUCUCACGCUCCUUCGAGGGAAACAAUACUGGGGGUAUCCGUGGCAACCCAGAGGCUGGCCGCUAUUCGUGCAGUGGCAGCCUGCAGGAGGAGGAGCUAGGCUAUCUAAGCCCCACCCCCAAACACACCCAGCGCUCGCCCAGCAUCAGCGUGCACUUUAGGAGCGACCUGUGAACCCUGACCUCUCACCCCCAUCUCAACCCUCUAACCCCAUGCCCCUGUACCUGUGACCUGUGACCUGUACUCCAAGCCUGCCAGUAGAACUGGAACACAUUCCCUCUUAUCCCCCGCCUCUCCUCACCAUCCCCCUUUCUUUCCUCUCCAUACCGUUCUUCAUCUCUCCCUCUUCUUCUUCAGUAGGACAGCUGCCCCCUCCAGAGACAGGCUUCUCUUCUCCCCCUCCUCUCUCUCCAAUGCGAGAGCCUGGUGUGAGACAGCAGGGAGCCUGGGUCCAUCCCUCUGCCCUGGAACUACAGAACCACCUGACAGAUCUGCAGACUGUGGACGCAGUAACUCACUACAACUGUUUUCUGAGAGGGUUUGGAAAUGGAGUAUUUAAAAGACUCUUGUUUGUCCUGUUUGGCUUUCUGUACAUCCCUCCUGACCACGCCCACAUCAGCGGGCAAGUACUGUGUGAGUGUGAAUGCAUGCGAGCGUUAGCGACUGUUUUUAGAAUAAAGGUUGUUGAAUGCUGCAAUGAACAAGGUGUGAUACUCCCAAAAACAAAAUGAAAAUAACUACAGUCUCUAGUGAAACUUUUAAGAUGCCCCCCUUUCCUCCUUACACAUCAUGCAAUAGGCCCUAGUGACUAGUGUUUGAAUGAACCUAACACAAUGUGACCUCCACACGCCCGGUGCCAUAGCAACUAUUUAUUCAUCCAGUCUGAAUAAUUCUGCAUCCCACGAAAUGAUUAAAUGACAGACUGCAAAAAUGAUAGAAACCAAAAAUAAUCAUUAAAGUCUUUCAUGUUUACAUGUGAAAAGUAUUGAUUGAUGAUGUCAUCCUACUAGAAGCAAUAUUUAUCUUUAUUUUCUCUCUGAUCAGAUCAAACAAGCUGAUUGGGGUUGUUAUGUUUCUGAUCAAUAAAUGUAUUGGGGCGGGUUUAUUAUGUUGUAUGAUAAUGUAUAAACUGUUUGUAUGAUGUAAACUGUGGUAUUUUCCUAUGACAGAGACUUGGGUUUUUAAAUAUAGAUGCAACAAUAUAUCAAACGCAGUGGGGUGCCUACCUGCUUACGGUAUUGAUAUGCGUAAGCAGGAAGUCACCCCGUUGUCGAUUCUGAUGUCAUAUUGCUGCGUCUAUCUUUAACUGUGGUGUUCUAUGUACGGCAGACAGUGGUUAUAAAUGUGGUAUUUUCCUACGAGAGGGAGGGAGAGACAGUUGUUGUUCUAGUUGUAUUGAAUCUCCAUAGUGUUAAAGCACAAGAACCCAACCCAACCCAACCCUGCAUGACAUGUGCCUGAUGGCCAAACCACACCACCACCAUCCCGAACACACCCCUAGGCCUAGGAGUAUUGGGUAUAGGGGCUAGGGAAUAUUGUUAGGCCUAUACAAGCUAGGGAAUAGGUUUAUAGGGGUUGGUUUGGGAUUAGGCCUGUAAACACUGUCCUCUCUUCCAAUCCCCUCCCACUCUGAAGUGUCAGUAUAGUAAUCUUGUGUUUAAUUGGUUGAUCUUUAUUGAGUGAUUGGUAGAUUAUUUUUAUUAGAUGUUAACAUGAACUUUACUGUGUUUGUCUGUUCUCUGGUUCAUCAUCACCUGCUUUAUAGCAUAAUGGAAAUUGAGGAUACAGACAUAAAGAACACGCAACCUUUGAGGAGAGGCGCACUGUUGACUGGCGGAACAUUUAAGUCAAAACGAUUGCACGAAAGUCACACUCCUCUCUCCAUUUGGUGGCAAUGAAGUUCACUGCAGUGCAGAUGGAGAGAACAGUGUUGGGUAUCCGUAGGUCAUCAGACAACACUGUUGUUUCCUACUGGACAUCUGAAUGCAGAAUAAAGUCUGCCCUUCUGGAACCUUUGUUCUAGAACCAGUGUUCUAUCAUUCUGUCAGUGUUCUAGAUCUGUUUUAUAUUCAUACAUUUACAUUUACAUUUUAGUCAUUUAGCAGACGCUCUUAACCAGAGCGACUUACAGGAGCAAUUAG